GACUCCCGACGUUGCAUAGGUGCACUUCGUCUUCGGUGUUGAAUGCGGGUCGCUAGGGUUGCUGAACUUGCUUUUUAAAACGCCUUUUGAAGUGAGGCAUAUGUCCAGCAUAUUUACACCGUUUCUGAGGGCCUUUUCUGGGUAUAUAAACAUGCAAACCAGCCAGUACAUAACCUCUCCUCCUUCCUUCGAUAUUCCUCACAACCAUGGGAUAUAUAACUCAUCGACAACACCCGCCCACUUACCUUGGAACACCUAUAACUAUUGCAAUGCUCCGCACGUCAAUCCUGAAUAUUACAGUAAGCCAUCCCACGUCGACAGCGGAAUUACACUGGUAUUUCUCAAUGGCAUGAUGCGACAUCAUAAGCGUACCCCCGAUAAUCUCUACCCAAACGAGAGAGAUUUGGACGCUUCCGUCACAUGGGAGUGCAAGCAUUUGGCCGCACACAGUUAUAUAGGUGGUACAGCCCGCAUAUUUCACGAAACAAUUAUCCCUGACUGGCAUCCUUUUGCUGUCGAAAUAUGGAAUGGGACCUGUGACUCGGGUCAACUCACUCGAGAGGGUUUGGAAGAUGCAAUUAAGCACGGUAAAGACUUCUGGUCGGUUUAUCAUGACAAAAAUGUUUUCUUGCAAAAUGUAGUGGAGGACGAUAUCUAUAUUCGUACUUCCACAGAGGCUAGAACUCAGCAUGUUGCAGGUGGAUUUCUCUUUGGAAUGGAUCCUUCAACUGCAGCGAAGUCGUGGCCUGUGUAUAUGCAGCCAAGAAAUAUUGAUGCAUUAGUACCUGGUUAUUCGUGUCCUACUGCCGAUGCUAUUCGCAGUGCUUACCAAUCAGUACCUGCGUGGUUAGAUCACCUCACCCAGCACGUCGAUUUGCAGGCCAGACUUGAGGCUACUCUAGGAACAGGUCACCUGAAUGCGUGGUCGUCUUGGUAUGACCACUAUUUUGAUACUUUUACUUCAAGGACGUGUCAUAGGCACCCGCUGCCUUGUAACUCCUCUGGCAAUUGUGUUUCACAAGACGAUGCGAGUCGAGUAUAUUUCUUAGGCGAUUGGGAAUACAAUUACAUUUGGAAUACUGCUGAAAAUGCGACAUUUUACAAUCAACUGACUUUUGGGGUCAUGUUUAUGGAAUUAGCACAAAAUCUCAGACGUUUUAGGUCGGGCGAGGAUCGGUAUAAGUUACGUUUGUACGUAGGUCACGACGGAUCCAUGAUUCGUCUGGCUUCCGGUCUUGGUCUCGGACAGAAGGCUCCUCUUCGUUGGCCAGCAAUGGGUUCUGAGAUUCUCACGGAGGUUUGGCGUACAUCCACAAAUCAGGACUUUGUUCGUGUUUUACAUGACGGGACCCCUGUGAAGCAUCUAGAAUGGGUUUCACUUCAGGACUUCAUAGAUCUUUUAGAGGCUCAGGUUCCUGAAAACAUCUUUGACACCUGUAACUUGGCGGUUACAUGAUGCCUUUAUCAUCCUUCGUAAUACCCGCUGCGUGGACCUGGAGUACGUGGGUGAUAAGGUGUCAAAGCCCAGCUAGGGACUCCUACUUCUAGUCUUGGCUCCUCGUCGCCAUC